AUGGGGUGUCCUUGUGUUGGCAUCUACCUGCUUGAUCAGAGCUAUUCAUGGUUUUUCCUAGAGGUGGGGCCGCUCUUCGCAGUACCGCCCCUGACGCCCUACGUAGGGGACGUCGCGGGGAGGGGGCGGGGCAUCAGCCUCUCGAGCUCUAAGGGUAAGGCUCGGCUGGGCCCGCCUCGGUUUGGGACGGGGAGGCAACCAAGCCGGUCCUUCCGCCAGGCUGGGCGUCCCGUGGGCGGAGCGGGUACCCGGGCGCGUGCGCACUUCCCGCGUUUCCCGCCGUGCUGCGUCACGGUCGCUAAGAUGGCGGCGGCGGCGAAUGGGGCAGCCGGGGCGAGCGGGUCUGGGAGCCCGGGGGCGGUGCUGCAGGCAGCCGCCGGCAUGUACGAACAGCUCAAGGGCGAGUGGAACCGCAAGAGCCCCAACCUGAGCAAAUGCGGCGAGGAGCUGGGCCGCCUCAAGUUGGUGUUGCUGGAGCUCAACUUCCUGCCUACCACGGGUACGAAACUGACCAAACAGCAGCUCAUCCUGGCCCGUGACAUAUUGGAGAUAGGUGCCCAGUGGAGCAUCUUGCGAAAGGACAUACCCUCCUUUGAGCGCUACAUGGCCCAGCUCAAAUGCUAUUACUUUGACUACAAGGAACAGCUCCCAGAGUCGGCCUACAUGCACCAGCUUCUGGGCCUCAAUCUGCUCUUCCUGCUGUCCCAGAACCGAGUGGCCGAGUUCCACACCGAGCUGGAGCGCCUGCCUGCUAAGGACAUCCAGACCAACGUCUACAUCAAACACCCUGUGUCCUUGGAGCAGUACCUGAUGGAAGGAAGCUACAAUAAGGUGUUCCUGGCCAAGGGAAACAUCCCUGCUGAGAGCUACACAUUCUUCAUUGACAUUUUACUGGACACGAUAAGAGACGAGAUUGCCGGCUGCAUUGAGAAGGCCUAUGAAAAGAUCCUGUUUGCAGAAGCCACUCGGAUCCUUUUCUUCACUGCCCCGAAGAGGAUGGCCGAGUACGCCAAGAAGAGAGGCUGGGUCCUGGGCCCCAGCAAUUACUACAGCUUCCAGUGUCAGCAGCAGAAGCCCGAGGACACGACCAUCCCCUCCACAGAGCUGGCAAAGCAAGUCAUCGAGUACGCCAGGCAGCUGGAGAUGAUUGUCUGAACCAGGGGCGGGGGGGGGGGUCUGCCGAGAGACCGCCUGAUGGGUCAGUAAAUGACAUGAGAUCAC